AUGACUCAGGUCGGGGGCGGUAUACCAUUUUUGAGCCAGGGCAACGACCGCGAGUGCGCGCAUCUCAGCGAUUUUGCGGCGGAUGCUGCAGGAUCAUCCACACAAACCGUGCGCACGCUCCAAUUUGUGACAAAUCCCAUGGGCGGCCUACCACGCCCGCAAGUGACGCUGACGCCGGUCAGUGCUCCUCUACAGGCUCUCGCGGUGCCCUUUGACCUUCGGGACUUGGCCCUCAAUGUGGUGACUGCGGUUAUCACGAACCAAGCGCUUAUGGAUGAUCUGCCUGGCCUCUUGGCGGCGGGCGCGCCCAUCCCGCGGCUUGUCACCUUUCCACAGGGUCCACCGCGUGCCAUCCGCGAUUCUGCAGGGCGCCGACAUGCGCAUUUCAGGGUGCCUCUUGUUGACUUGGAGUGGGCUGUGGUGCUUUUUGAUGAACCGGAUGAUGACCCAGCGGUGCGCCCUGAGCAGCAUUUCGAUGCAUUGUGUGCCUUGCGGGCGGAUGCUCCCUCGUUGCUGGGACGGGCCCGACACCUGCAGCCCACUUUCCACCCUCCUGCUUUCGAGUGUCGGCCUGCUUACAUCUUCGAGGACGGUUGUGCCAUUCGUGAUUCCCUCCAGUUCUCGCUUGUGAGAGGGAACGGCCCGUACGGGCGACAACGCUUUCAGUACACUCUGUUUGCAUGGCACAGCAGGCCCAAAAAGCUGUUGGCGGACCCGGAAUGGACGCUUGCGGAUUUGGCAGUUUUUGCUGAAGCAUCGCAUGAUGAAUCGUUGCGUGUUAUGCACGCCCUCCAGUGCCCCACGCCUGGUAUAGCCACCCCACAGCUGGUUGCGACUUCCUUGGACGUUGGGGAUCCGUGGAGGAUCAUUCCGGUGGACCUGAGGCCCAUUGGAGGUGACAUCUUUUGUCCGCCUGUGGGGCCCGACAUGCCGGUUGAUGAAGUCUUUGCGCGCAUUCGGCCUUUUGUCACCACCAAUGUUGCGGUGCAGCUGCGGGUGGAGGGUCAUGGUGCAGUCUACCUGCAAGACCAGGCCGGCUUAGUCUAUGAUGUUCUUCCGGACACACUCGAAACCAUCGAGUGGCUGGCUGUUCGACCGUUCCUGCGGGACGAUGCUGCAGCGGCUUAUAAGUGCCGUGGCCAACUUGCCGCCUAUCCUGCACAGAGCCCUGAUGGAGUGCUCUCCAUCCCUUUUGUCCUUGCCUCUGGGCGGCCUGGUUUCGUUGCUAUCGUGAUUGAUAUCACCACUCAGGGACAGGGCCUUUAUUCGGUUGAAGUACCUGACAGCACCUGGGCUGAGGAGCUUCUUAAGCCCAACCAAGUGACACGGGGCCUGACUUAUUUGGUCAAUGGGGUUCGCCUGUCAGGACUUCGUCGGGCGCUCCGGCCUGGAGACUAUCUUCAGUUGGUCCCCAAUACGUGUCGAGGUUCCCUGACCAUUUCGCCGGCGACAGUCUGGAUGCGGCGGAUCAGGCAGUUGCGUCUGUGGGCUCUCCCUGUGGCCUUCCCGCCUCUUACGCACGGUCAAGGUGGUAUGACGGCUGAUCUGGCCGAGCAUGCGGCGCGUGCCUUUUUGCGAUAUUACCGGGAGGUAGAGGCAGGGCGGCUUCUUACCUUCGGAACUUUCGGCCCUGGCAAAGUUGCGAUCUGGGUCCUCUCGGCCUGGAAUCCUCCUUUGCUCUUUGCAGUUUCUUGCCCAGUGUCGCCUACUCUCUCGGAGUCUGAGCCAGCUUUGCGCUCUUCGGGGGCCAUAGCGGAGCGGGCUAUUCUAGUAGACGGUGAACGCCCUAUAAGCCUUGUCGACUCCGUUGUGGUUCAGGUUGAUGCCGCAGACACAUACCGCACCCUGCUGCUUCCUGUUCCUGGGGACCCUGAAUUCUUUAUUCCUACGGCAAUCAAUCCGAAUGUCCCCAUCGAGCCUGCGCUUCACAUCCUCCCUCGCCUGCCUUACACAACCGUGUAUCCGCCUAUGGAGGUGAAGGAUGGUGCUGUUUUUCGUGUGAGGGUUCCGGCCGGUGCUGUCUCGGACCGGGCAAGAGUCAGGCCGCGGCCGGAAUCUUCGGGAAGCGCCACUAGCAGUCUCAGCCUGCUCCAAGUUGAUGUCCAACGGCGCCGGGCUAAUGUCCAGCCCCUGUCUGUCCCGACGCCCCUUGGCAGGAGGCACAUUUGUGACGUAAGCAGCGUACCGCCGCAGGUAGAUGAGCCGGAGAACCUGGUUGUGACCCAAUGUGCCGCCAGCUACACUGCUGAGGGCCCCCGGGAGCUUUGCCUUGAUCAACUGCUUCCGCCUGCGCCACAUGUUCAGAAGGAGGCUGCUCUGGCCUUUCCCUUGCCUGAGGGUAUUGAACAUGAUGUUUUUGAGCCUUUCGCGCUUGAGUUGCUGCAACGUUGUGUGCCGCCGGACGUCAAGCUGGUCCCCAGUGCUCGCUCCUUCUUGGCGGCUAUUCCUGUCCUGGGAGAUCGAAGUCCGGAGGCUCUUAUGUUGUUUGUGGACGGGUCUUUUUGUGAUGGUGCUUCCUCAUGGUCGGUCAUUGCUUUGGGGCUGCACCAGGGCACUUGGCAUUGGAUGGGCCUUCGCGCGGGCCGCGUCCCGGACGAAUGCAGCGGUGCCUCAGCUUACGAGGCCGAAUUGUGGGCGCAACUGAUGGCACUCUGCACCGCCGCACGCGCCGACUUGCCUACUGCCAUACUGUAUGAUUCUCAGUCGGCGGCUCUUGUCGCGCACGGAGCGACUUCGGAGUUAGCCGCACAUCCUCUUCAAGUUGCAGUGGCUAGUGUUGCUUGUUAUGUGCGGUGUGGAAGUCAUCCUCUGCGCCUCCACCAUGUCCCAGCUCACCGAGGUAAUCCAGGCAAUGAGGUGGCCGACGGUGUUGCCAAAUAUUUCCUCGGGCUUCGAACGUCGGAUGAUGUCUUGUCCCAACGGGUCAAGCCUGAUGUGUUGGGCCGUAACUUUAGCUGGCUUUGGCUGCGCCGUGUGCAGGGGGCUCAAGCACAAUGGCCGGCCCUUGACCUGCAUGGCGCCUCCUCCCCCUGUGGGGCUGUUCGGGCCCCUGAUCCGGUUGCCUGCCCGCAGAACAGUUAUGGUGCUACUCGGGGCGAGGCUCCUACUGAGGAGCAGAUCAGGCUCAAGGCCCUCCUUCUUACAUAUAAUACACUCUCCUGCAAGUCUAGCCUCCAGCGCCAUUGCCUUCACAGCUUCAUGCGGACCCAGGAUGCGGCGGUGCUAGCUCUGCAGGAAACUCGUCAAACGGCCCCCCCUAUUGCUGUGGUUGAUGGAAUUAUUCGGGUUGCGUCUCCCACAGCCAACGGCCAACUUGGAUGUCAGCUCUGGCUCCGCUCAAGUGGUGCGUUAACUUUUGACCGCCGCCGGCUGUCAAUCCUGUGUGCCGAGCCCAGGCUGCUUAUGGUGUUAGUGCAUACUUCGAUCGGCCAAAUUGUUUUUGUGGUUGCGCACGCCCUCACCUCUACAGCCCCUGCUGUUGAUAGGGAGUCGUGGUGGGGUCAUCUCACUCGGCGUAUGCGAGGCCUACCACCUACGGCCACUCCAAUAUUGUGCUGUGAUGCCAACGCCCGAUAUGACUGGCGGCAAGGGCAGGAGUGCCCUGCCAAUGACAAUGCGCGGUCGCUUGACCAGUUCGCGGGCGCCAUUGUGCCGCACACGUUCAUACUGCCCUGA